AAAUAGUGUGAAUUCCUUUCUCUUUUGACAAGUUCAUGUCCUCUCUGCUCUUGUUUUUGAUUCCCGUCAAUUCUUCAAGUUACUCCUUUGUUGCAUGUUAUCAUAAAACCACCUGACCUCGUUGUCCACGGGCCCUAAUGUCUCUCGAACUGGAAAAGAGCCCUGGCAUAGAGCCUCGCGUGCUAGAGUCCCCAGCCGAGUCGCGGCUCUCGGAGAGACCUUUCGCUGGGUCUUCAACCGAUAAGUCGUUGGAGAAGAAACUCCUCUGGAAGUUGGACUUCAGAGUGAUCCCGGCUCUAUGGUUUCUGUUCUUGAUUUCGUUUAUAGAUCGAUCGAAUGUCGGAAAUGCGAAGAUUGCAGGAAUGCCCAAGUCCCUUCAUAUGAAGGGUAACGAUUACAAUAUCGCCGUGACAGUAUUCACAGUUUCAUAUAUUGCGUUUGGAGUCCCGGCGAACCUGGUAUUCAAGAGAUUUGGACCAAAGACACUUGCAGUCUUUAUGUUCGCCUGGGGCCUCUGCACGUUAGGACAAGGGCUCACGACUACUGUAUCUGGACUGAUCGCAUGUCGCUUUCUUAUGGGCAUGUUCGAGGCCGGCUUCGUUCCUGGCUGCGCUUACUUGAUCGGAAGCUACUAUAAGAAAGAUGAGUUCCUUCGACGAUAUGCAAUAUUCUUCAGCGCGAACAUGGCCGCAGGGGCUUUCAAUGGAUUAUUCUCCAGUGCCCUUUCCCAUAUGGACGGUGUUGGCGGAUACGAAGGAUGGCGUUGGAUCUUCAUCAUGGAAUCCAUCAUAACCAUCGUUGUGAGUAGUGUUUGCUUCUGGAUCAUCGUCCCGUUCCCGGAGAAGGCCAGCUUUCUCGACAAAGACGAGAAGAGAUUUCUCUUGGCUCGUCUCGAAGAAGAUGGUGGAGGUAGCGCCCAGAACGACAAGAUUGCCUUUCGUCGAGUACUACUAAUGGCCGUUGACUGGAAGAUCUGGAUUUGUGUCCUGGCAUACAUGGCAGCGGAAGAGACUGCUAGCUCUCUGGUUGCCUUCCAGCCCACUAUUCUAAAAGAUCUCGGCUGGACUGCUGCAUCCGCCCAAGUGCAUACGAUUCCAGUCUAUGCGGUAGCUUUCGUGCUUACGCUCAGCAGUGCGUGGCUAAGUGAUUACUUACGACAACGCUACAGCUUCACGCUGUUCGGGUCAAUAUUGAUCAUCAUUGGCUGGGGUAUUGAACUCGCGCAAGUGCCUGCUGCUGGAGCACGCUAUGCGGGCAUCUUCUUUACUGCCUCGGGAGCUUUUAUCAUGAUGUCGACCAUUGUGGUGUGGCUCUGCGUCAAUGUGGGCAAGGGUGUAAAAAGGAGCGUCGCCAUGGGCUUGCUUACUGGUUUUGGAAACUGCGGAGCUCUCAUCUCUAGCAAUGUUUUUAUCGCUUCGCAGUCGCCACGGUACCCCGUUGGUUUCGGUGUUGGUCUUGCCUUUGGCAUUGUUGGCAGCAUCGCGGUUACAAUCUACUAUUGGUACCUGCGCCAGGAGAACCGUCGCCGGGAUAAGCUCCAAAGCGUUAGUGGUAAGAGCUAUACGCACGAGGAGCUGGAUCGCAUGCAGGGCCUUGGAGAAGGACAUCCUGAGUUCAGAUUUGAAUUGUGAAGCCCAUAGGUACGGAAUGUUGGACCUAGGUAUGACAUCUAGUAGUUACAGCAAAAUGUAACAUCUCGCGAAGUAAUCAAUUAUCACAUUAACUGCCA